AUUACAAAGCACUUGACCAGGCCAGGCCAUCACAGCCAUUGACAAGAUCAUUUUCUGACACCUCACCAAUCUUAAACUCAUCUACGGCCCCAAAUAGAACUGCUGUGAAAUCAAACCCAAUCUCAUAAAAAUCAAACACAAACAACAAUAACACUUUCAACUUGAAUAAUUGGUUUCAACGAGCCCAUCUCAGCUCUUCUCAUUUUUCUUGAAACCCUUGUUAGAUUCACCCUAAUUAUAUAUAAUCAUUGAUAUAUACUUAUUGGGGAGGGAAAUCUUGAAAAGGGUGUGUCUUGAAAAUGGAGUUUAGUGUCUCAGAUGAGUUAUUGGGAACUGUGAUGCCCAUUGUGGUGUAUUGGGUUUAUUCAGGCUUAUAUAUGAUGUUUGGAUCUUAUGAUAAUUAUAGAUUGCAUUCAAGACAAGAUGAGAGUGAUAAGAAUCUUGUCACAAAGCCUACUGUUGUUAAAGGGGUUCUUCUUCAACAGGCUGUUCAGGCUGUUGUUGCCAUUAUACUGUUCAAGGUUACUGGAGAUGAUACUGAUGCUACCAUAGGGCAGCAGUCUUCGUUAAUUAUUCUCGCCAGACAAUUCUUUAUUGCAAUGGCUGUGUUGGAUACCUGGCAGUAUAUGAUGCAUAGAUACAUGCACCAGAAUAAGUUCUUGUACCGACACAUACAUUCUCAACACCAUCGUCUUAUUGUCCCUUAUGCUUUUGGAGCUCUAUACAAUCACCCUAUCGAGGGACUUCUCCUGGAUACAGUUGGUGGAGCUCUGUCUUUCCUCUUGUCAGGCAUGUCCCCCCGCACUUCCAUCUUCUUCUUUUCCUUUGCUACCAUUAAAACAGUGGAUGACCAUUGCGGGUUGUGGCUCCCUGGAAACCCGUUCCAUCUGUUGUUUAGUAACAACUCUGCAUACCAUGAUAUUCACCACCAGCGUUAUGGUACCAAAUAUAACUUUUCACAGCCAUUUUUUGUUGUGUGGGAUAGAGUUCUUGGUACUCACAUGCCUUAUGCACUUCAGAAGAGAGCCGAAGGGGGCCUCGAAGCACGACCUGCCAAAGAGUACAAGGAGAGCUGAUCAAGAUGUUAAUAUAUAGCCCUUCAAUAUUAUUUAACAAUCUUCCACAAUGAUUAAUUAUUACUGUAACUUGUACAUACGCACAAUGUUGUAUUGUUUGGUGCUUUGUAUGUUGAAUUAGACACCUGAAAUGAGGACCUCAUAAUGUGUUGAGAAUCCAGAUUUUGUUUAUGGCCUUUUCUCUUGUGGCCUUCUCUCAAUCUUGGUUGUAGCAAAUGUUGUUUUUGGUUGAUGAUUGAGCUUAUUUGUAUUAAACUUUAAUGAGCAGCUUAUAUAGAAAUGGUCAAUGUUCACUAUC